AUGGCCGAGACUACUCCCGAUCACAAGAAUAUUGUGGUUUUGGGUCUCACGCAGAACGGAAAAUCAUCUUUUGUCAAUUCUAUUCUCAGAUACGCCCAGCUUGAGAAUUCAGAAGCACCUAUUAUUGGUAAUGGGUCGACAUCACAGACAAAAGACAUUAGAAGAUAUUCCACGAAGAUCAAUAUCCGACGAUAUAGUGUGCGAAGAAACGGCCAGAGAACAGAUUUGACCCAUAACUCGGAAGGAUCAAGGGUUGUUAUAACUUAUGAUAAUGAAGGAGGAGUGACCUCGCAGAAUUACGAGCCUCUAACUUUCAAGGAAAGUUUUGAUCCGGAGACUGGGGAGAGGCUUCUUAUUACACAAGAGUUCCAGCAAAACAUUCGCAGGCUUCAGGCCGGCCUUGUACCGGAUACCCCGGAGCCAUCUGGAUGCUUUGUUAAACUUAACAUGUACGACACACCGGGCCUGAGCGAUUCUGGAGGCAUAAAGGAUUUAGAAAGAGAUUUUAUGAAGCAAGGAUACACGGAAAUAGAAGCUAAAGAUGCGGCUACAAAAUGCACCAGAAAUCUCAUUGACGAAAAACAUAAACUCUCAAUCAUAAAUGCAGUUAAUAAAAUGCAGGUUCUGCAUGGCGUAUGCAUCGUCGUUCGAGAUGGCAAGAACUUUGGUCAGGAAUUAAAAGAACUCAAGAGCUUGAUCGAACCCUUCAGAUCGAUAUCCUCCAAUCUCAAUUUUUAUAUGAUACACACCAGAGUUACGAACAUAACAAUGUUCCAAGCUAAGACUCUCAACCGCAUCCGCAUGUCUGAAGAAUUUUUCAAGUUACGAGCAACCCAUUUCUUCGUCAAUAAUGAACCCGAUCUCGGCGACGAUGAACACGAAGGUGACCCGUUGAGUCAACAUUUCGCCAACAGAGUACUAUCAGACUUCUUAUUCGAACUAGCCGAGGCACCAGGAGUCAAAGUUGGAUCCUUACAAUACCAAAAAGCCGACAGAAUACUAGAAGAGGUUGUAGCUUCGAGCCUUAGAAUAUAUUCUUCCUAUCUAGAAUCUACGAACCGUAGUCUUCGAGAAAACAUCCAAGAGUUACAAAUUAAACAGCGACCUUGUAUUCAGAAAUCCGAACUAUAUGACAAGGAACUAGAAGAAUUACGUCUAAAGCGCAGCUCUAUCGACACAAGAGAGCGAGUGUUAGUUGGAGAAGAUGGCUACGAUAUUACUGUUGGCUUUUUCAGGUCAGCACAUACCGUAACGUUCUCGAUUUUAACAGACACUCCAAUACGCCAUGUUGAAUACAAUCCUACAAACCAUCAGGACAUUAGAUGGGACACAGAAUCAGAGGGUAUUGGUGGCUUUAAAUCAAGCCCUAGAUUAACAGUCUACAAUGGCGAAUUCAAGGCACGUGUUACUGCCUUCUCCUAUAGAAGUGAUCUGGAAGAAGACAAAAUCGCAUCGAUAGUAUCGCAAAUGAAUUCCAUAUCGGAGCUAAGAGACCGACAAUCAAAGGAGAUUGAGCGCUUUCAACAUCGAGCUGACAGGACAAAGUCGAAAAUUGGGGAGAAUAGUUCUAUCUCAUCAGUUGAGCGAAGAGGAGAUAUCCGAUCUGAGCUCUAUACGGAUCCAACUUCGGCACACUAA